UUCUGAGCGGAAAGCACGUUUUGCUCUCCCCAAAAAUCACGCGAUCGCGGAACUGCCGGUGAUUAUGAAAACUGUAGAGGCGUUGCGGUGAUGCCAUAAAGUGCGCGAGUGAACUUUUCGCACGUGAUUAAUGACGUUUUAAAUUAAAGUGUCUUAAAUUAGAAUUUUGUCACAUUUGAUAAUGUAAGGUUGGUAGGAUUUAAAUAUGGAACUUUAGUUUUAUGCCCAAGUGUUCCAAAUUUAAAUAUUUUCAAGUGCGUUCGAAUUAUGAAACUUCGUAAAAUGAAUAGUCUAACUAAAGUGAAGUGAGCUAGUGAUGGUGAGUGACACAGCAUGACCACAUGGAUGGCGCUGUUCGGGCUUGUGUGGCUUCUGCGUGUGCGCGGCUCCCUUUGCGGAUGUUCCGCGUGCAAACGGGCCAGGCUCGAUCUACCGGAAGAAAGCCCACGCGCCAGCCCUGAAGACCGUGCGCCUUUUGACGUCAUCGCCCUACAACACUACACUCGUGACGUCACAGUUCAAACGGAUUUUGAGGAUGACGAAGUCGAGGACCUCGAUAAGAUCGAGUUACAAAUUACUGAAGAAUCGAAUGCGAGCAACUUUGAGGGCGGUCGUGAACAAACGCAGAGCCCAGAAGGCGGACACCACGUCACAGGAAACAGUCAGUUUUCACAAGACUCUGACGAUAUUUGGGAGACCAAUGAGGUGACAUUAGAGCGUGGGGUGUCAGGACUAGGUCUUAGUAUAGCAAGUGGUGAGAGCGAGGGCGACGUUAGCAUAACACGGAUCGCACCCGUGGGCGCUGCAAAGAAUGAUGGACGUUUGCAAAUUGGAGACAUCUUAUUGCAGGUCAACGAUGUCUCUGUCGAGAAUGCACCACACUCGGUAGCGGUAGACGUUUUACAAAAUGCAGGAAACAUUGUGAGACUAAGAGUUCGAAGAGCUCGCCGACCAAGGGUGGUGACACUGUAUAGAGGCGUGCGCGGUUUGGGUCUGGGUAUAGCGGGCGGAGCGGACGAUGCCGCGGGUGGCGGUGGCGUUUUUAUAUCGCACAUCGCUGCAGGUGGCGCUGCCCAUCACGACGGCAGACUGAAACUGGGAGAUAAAAUACUGGCUGUCAGGGAUGAGGAUGGUAUAGAAACAUCUUUAAUCGGAGCAACCCACGCAAAAGCAGUAGCAGCUUUAAGGAGAACGGGUGAACACGUGACCCUAGUGGUUUUACCCGCUACAAUACCACCCGUAAUGAGAACCGCUCCGCUUUACUCAACACGAACACAAGCAACGUCGUGUUCCACGCUCCACGAGCUUUCGGAAGAGGAUCCAAAUAAAAUACCAAGAUGCGUUCGAAUGGUUCGGCUCGUCCGGUCUGGAUCACGUUUAGGAAUGGAUAUAGUAGGUGGUUUAGGUGAUGCUGAACGGGGAAGUGAUGAUGACCCUUGUGGGGUCUUCGUAUCUGGAGUGGCUAUGGGAGGAGCUGCCCAUGGAAUGUUGCAUAAGGGAGACAGGAUAUUGAGCGUUGACGGACGGGACCUAACACGAGCCACGCAUGAACAAGCUGCUGCGGCUUUAAAGUACUCGGGUGGUGCUGUUACCGUAGCAGCUCAAUACCAGCCAGAGCAGUACGAAAGGCUGCGUGCACGCAUCCGAGCGAUCAACGCUUCUGUAUCGCCGCACGCACACCGCGUUCAUGUUCCUGUACAACCUGACUUGCAUACUAUUUAUCCUAGGUAACAAAAGACUGUCUUUGGAAUGGAACAGAAACGAUUAAUGACUGAAGACAAUUAACUCUUAAGUGGUUGGGAUUAUGAGACAUUAUGAUGUAUACAUGAUAAUUUAGUAAAACCUAGAUAUGAUAGUAAAAUGUUUAUUUUAUGCAUUGAUAUACAAAAAACUCAAGAUGCACAGUCUCGAAUAAAAGUAACGCUCGAAAGUGUCCCGAAACACUAU